AUGGACUCCAAAGUAGAGUUCAACACUGGUUUGAUUGCACUGAGGUGGUAUGACAACCGCACAGUUGAUCUGGUUUCAUCCUAUGUUCGAAAGGAACCUGUGCGUGAAGUGAAGCGCUUUGACAGAAAGGAGAAGAAGAAUAUCAUGGUCACCUGUCCCAAGAUAGUACAGGAAUAUAACACAUUCAUGGGAGGAAUAGACCUGCUGGAUUCUCUGACAUCUCUGUACAAACCUGGAGUCAAAUCAAGGAGAUCGUACAUGUACAUCUGGUUCCAUACCCUCCACAUUGCAUUGGUUAAUGCAUGGCUUCGCUACCGCAGACACAGCAAACUUCUUGGUGUCCCUCAUCACAUGAAGCUUUUUACAUUUCAAGGACGCAUAGCUGGCAGUUUGGUGUCCAGGAAGCAGACCGUUGGCCGUCCUCGAGCUACUGACUUCAGUCCUCCACCAUUACGCACAGUAAGACGUGGUCUCUUGCCUGCAGAAGUCCGUUUGGACCAAGUGUCUCACCUUCCUGAGUGGGCUGUCAAACGUGGACGAUGCAAGAACAGGAACUGCACAUCCCUCACAUAUGUGAUGUGCUCUAAAUGCAGAGAGUAUGCAUGCUUUGUCAAAGAGGGGAACUGUUUUGCACAGUUCCACAUUUGUAAAUAUACCCUUGUAAUUGAUCAAAAGAGCCUGUUUCAGUGA